AUGGGAAAGGGUACUCCAUCGUUCGGAAAAAAACAGACAAAGUCUCACACUCUCUGCAAGAGAUGCGGUAAGAGAUCUUUCCACAUUCAAAAGAAGACUUGUUCUUCUUGUGGAUAUCCAGCUGCUAAAAUGAGAAGAUUCAACUGGGCUGCUAAGGCCAAGAGAAGAAGAACUACCGGUACUGGUAGGAUGUCUUACUUGAAAUACGUUUCCAGAAAGUUCAAGAACCACUUCCAGACCCAGGCUUAA